CAUGGUCCAACUAAAUGCUUACUUCCAGGUUCCUUCUCAACAAUGCAACAAUAAGAAAUCUAUUUGAAAUGCGUAGUUUUCAUGUCCAUUCAGAAUAUCAGUAAGAAUUUCAAAAUAUGGACUGUUUAUUAAGGAGUGACGCAGAACAAAUGGCCAUCUGUGCCAAUAGGGACCAUGACUAUAAUCAUGUCUUUAUGUAAACAUUAUUUUUCCUUUGACGCUGAUAGACCUUUCAUCUUUAUUUGAGUUCCUCACCACCCACAAGACAUGUUAGGAUUGCAGAUACCCUUAACAGACAAAUCCAUCUAACAGCCCUCAGAACCUCCUUCGGGAAUAUAGCUGUUCUGCACUAUGGCAUUUGGCUUCCAUAGGGCACAAGCAUGUAUAUUGUUUUAGCCUGCCCUCUAGUGGACAACUAACUUACUGAUAAUAAAAGCGAUCACACAAACGUCCUGGUAAUCCUGCACAACAACUCUAUCCAGAAGGAGCCAAGUGUGAGUGUUUAUUUUGGAAGUUGGAUCUAUCACCAUGUUAUACAGGUAAUUAAAGCAACACUUGAUGGAGCUAUCAACUAAACGUUAUUCAUCAUACAUUUCUUACUGCCCUGGCUGGCCUGAUUAAUGCCCUGGCUGGCCUGACAUGCAGUAAAGAAUCAUUCCAUUGUUUGGGCUGUGAAUUUAUUAUAUGAUAGCCUACAUUGUACAGAUCUAGGCACAGUCUGAGCACUGUCCUCUCCUCUAGGUGAACGGUCGAAUGACUGUUGAGAUGGGUCUUAAUCAGUCUUGAUUUGACAUGGAAGGGGGCAAUGGACUUCUAUGUUUAUAUAUCUUGCCAACACCCACUUCGCGUCAUCAAACAUAAAAGCUGCGAUUGGCUGUUUGCAUGUAGCCUACGAGAAUCGAGACAUUGUUGCAAAAUAAACCUGAGACUUGUAGAGCUGCCUGUGAUGAUUAUCUGAAUUCGAUCGGAAACGGUGGCAGACCUAUUCUUCAGUCUGAGGAUAAACUACAGUUCAACAACUAUUGGAUAUGGUUUGUCGUUAUCUACUAGACCGCAUGGCAUAAAUGAUUCAUCCAACUAGUGGUGGGCAUUACAUUUUACAGUGUACCGUAUUGUAGCCUAUACAGUAGUCGUUGUUUUGCAUUAGAGGCAAGAUCAGAAAAUUGUCACUCUUUCCCAGAAUAUUUCUUACACAUUAGUAACAUUAUCAUUACUUACACAAUAGUAACACUAUCAUUAUUUACACAUUAGUAACACUAUCAUUGCAAAAUAAGAAAUGGAUGAAUCAAAUGGUUCUUCAAAAAGGACUAUUCUGUGUUUAUUUGACGUGGACGGCACUCUUACCCCACCGAGAGAGAAAAUUGACCCUAAGCUGGAUGAGUUUUUCCAGUCUCUGCGCAGGAAAGUGAAGAUCGGCAUAGUGGGUGGAUCAGACUACUCAAAGAUCGCAGAACAGCUGGGGGAGGGAGAUGAAGUUAUUCCCUCUCGUGUGCCUCUCUAUUCAGGUGGUCUCAUCAGUUUUGACGUGUUCCCUGAAGGCUGGGACAAGAGGCUCUGUCUGGACGUGCUGGAGRGGGAGGGCCUGGACGCUAUCUACUUCUUUGGCAACGAGACRUCGUCUGGGGGAAACGACUAUGAGAUCUUCAACGACCCGCGCACCAUUGGUUUUACAGUAUACUCACCAGAGGACACAGCCAGGCACUGUCGAGAGAUUUUCUUCAAAGCUCCCACCAAUGAGUCGUGAUAAAUCGUGCAGCAGGCACUCUCACAGUCAGCUUCCCCUGGGCUCCCCCUGUUGUUGUGGGCAGUUACUAAGAGCACCUGAAGGAGAAGAGGUGGAAAUGGGAGGUAAACCACUACAGAUUUGUAAUCAAUGCAUUGUUGUUAUAUAAUAUUAUUCUAACUAGCACUGGACACAUAAAGGGAUCAUCAGUAAUUCACAUUGGCUGGACUCCCAUUGAAAUUAUUAUGAGAUGUGGACAGAUCUGCUUUUUUAAAGGGAUGGUAGCUCAAACAAUGUGAGGAAGUGUACUAAUGUUUUCAGUUUUUUAUCAUGACUAAGUGUUUCUCUAAGGUUUUAAUGUAAUAUCUGACUGUUUAACAUCUAUCAACCCAAUGUUUUUUGUAGCGUGUCCCUGUAUUUGUAUGUAACAUCAAAUUAACCAAAUGUCUUAUAGGCCCUCCUGUAAGACAAUCCUCUUUUGUGAAUAUCAUGUGAAGAUUUCUAUACAUUUUGAGUAGAUAAUGUAAAUACCCACUUCUGUUUUGCACUAAUAUUGAUACAGUUAUCUGACAAACUGGG